UACGAUUCCAUUGCCAAAUCCCGGUGCGCUUUUGCCCGGUGAAACCGUGCCAUCAUGGGUGCGGGGAAGAGUGUUCACAGGAUCGAUGAGGGGUUCUUCAUUUGCGGAGUGGAUGCCUUGUCGGAUGUGAAGUACUUGAAGACCCUAGGCAUCCAAUGCAUCUUAAAUGCCGCGCAAGAAGAUCUUUACAAACACGCCCCGGGUCCAAGAAGAGGCGCUGCGGCGAAUCUCAUGGUGGAGUUGCCCCAGAACUUCGACGUCCGCAUCAUCGGCGCGGAGGACUCGUCGGACUGCAAUCUCAGCCUGCACUUCCAAGAGAUCGCCGACUUCAUUGAGGCCGGCCGCGCCAAGGGCGGCGUGGUAGUGCACUGCGCCGCCGGGAUCUCUCGUGCCUCCACGAGCUGCAUGGCGUACAUGAUGAUGAAAGAGCACUGGAGCCUGGAUGCCGCCUUCCGGAAGGUCCACGCCGUGAGGAACAUCGUGCAUCCCAACGACGGCUUUUGGCGCCAGUUGAGGGACUUGGAGGCCUCCCUGAAAGCCAGUGGCGUCGAGCUCCGGAGCUUGCCAGAGGACUGGUGUCCUCCUGAGCAGCCGAGCCGCCCCGAGGACGAGAAGGCCUUCUCGACCCGCCCCUGUGGGCGCUCCAGGAAGCCGCUGAGGGAAGCCGGAAGGGGGAGGUUCGGAAUUUCUCCUCCAGCCGUUCGGAGACCAUGGAGAUGCUGGCGUCACUGGAACAGGACAUCACCACAACCAGAUCCUUCAUCACGCACUUCUUGACUGCCCGGAUUGUGCCGAAGGCAGGUGUCAAGGCGCAGGAGGUGCAGCAGGCGUUGCUGAAGCUCGAGUCGCCGGGGGUCAGGGUGGAGGAAUGCGAUGUGCAGUCGCCCGAGGCAGUCCUGUUGCGUGCUGGCUUGGUGCAUUCCAUGACGCACUCAGCCUUUCUGAAGCUGCUGGAGGGCGUGCAUGGGGUCCAGGGUGCCGAGGUGGAAUGAGGAGAGAUCCGCGACGUCUCGCAAUCGCUCCGCUGGGGUGGGCAGUGCUUGUGCAUUCACUUUUUCAACUCACUUGGGUUGAUGACUUUUUGAUGUACACCCUGGAAGACGAUCCCAUGGACCCUGAAAACCACU